AUGUAAAAUAAUAAUUGUUUGUUUUGCGAAAAAUAAAGAAUAGAAGGGACCAUCCAUUAUCCCACUCUAUUGCAGACAGUACCAAUCUAAUUUAUGAAGGCACUUUACUUGAAAUAUAAUUCUCAAGAUGAAAUGUCAAUUGAUGAUCUCAUUAAACAUGCCCAUAAGAAAUGGGUAAUAGAUUUCUAUGAGAAAUCAUAAGUAAUAUAGGAUUAAGAGUUUCUAAAGAAAUACUAUGACAGAGAAUAUGAGAUCGUUCCUAAGCUAAUUGCUUUAACUGAAUACUACAAAUAUAUGUUAGAUACACCUAAUCUCUUUAUGCUCCCAUUAUUUAAGCUAAUAAAAAACUACAAUAAAUUACGAAAGUAUCAUCUUCAAUAUUUAGAGAGUAUCAUUACGCAAAAAUCAAGUACAAAUUAAAAAUAUUGGUACCUCAAAGUAGCAUUAAAGUUGAUAAAAAAUAUACUCAAUUAUUGCAAUUAACGAUGAGCAACCAAGAAGAUGAAUAGUAAUCUUUGAUUUCAAUCUUAAAUAAAUUCUAACCAUAACAAAUAACUAUCCCUAAAUAAUUAAAAUCAUAUACUCAAUAGUCAUGUAUAUAGUCUACUAAGUUGCAUACGAAACCCUUAAUCAAAAAGAGUGAACAAGCAAGCUACAAACUUAAAUCAAUUGUAAAUGGGGAUAUAAUGUAACAACAGCCUUAAUUAUUGACUCAAUAAUAAUAAUAUUAAUUAAAAAGGAGAACAUAAUCAAAAUCUCAUUCGAAUAUUAAAUUCCAUACUCUUUAAAGCGUAAAUAACAAUUCAAAAAAACAGAGCAUUUCUUACAAUAAAUCAAAUCUGUAACCCAUUAAAACUCUGGGAUAAAGCAAAAUAGGAUCUCAAGCUGAUAUCAUCAGCAACAAUUAGAUAUAGAAAAGUAAUUCUAUAGGGAAAACCAUAUCAAGAAGAAAAUUAAUUUAAUUAUUUUAUAAAUGAUUAUAUUAUUUGCAUUAUUUUUACUUUCAGUUUAAGCAAUUUACAUCUUACACACCAAAGGAAUUUCAAUAAGUCAAUUAGAUUAUUUUGUAAUUGAAUUGAAUCAAAUUGAUUACAAAGUGAAAUCACAAAUUGCACAUAAUGGAUCAUUUACUAUAUCCAAACUGUAUUAGGAUUCUGCUCUAUUUGAUAUAUUCAUCCUAGAUUCAACUGGUUAUACUUGUUAUUUAUAAGCCUAUUACAAUAGUUCUUGGGAAACAGAAUGCUUUUUCUUGUUUAAUUCGAGUUAAACAAGUCUCAAUAAUUUUGAAUAUGAGCAAGAAUAUACAGUAGCAGAUGCACAACGAUAUUUGGUUAUAGAUAACACUCCAUUCCCUUAAAAUGGGGCUUAUUUCGCUGAUAGAUUGUAUUUGCAAUUAGAUUACAUCUAAGUGAUCUAACCAAUACCUACCUAUUAUCAAGUUACCAUAAAAAGUAUAUUAUGCCAUAAAAAAAAUAGUAACAAUUGUAUUUGUAGGAGUGUUGAUUUGUUUUAGUAUUUGGUGUUUGAUACUGAGUUUAAAGUAUAGAAAGGAAACAAAACACAAGGAAUCCAUAGAAAGGAAUAAAUUAAAUAAUACCUUAUCACCUUUAAAGUAAUAUAAAUGA